GCGCACCGUGACUCACGUGGCAGCGGAGAGCGGCGAGUGGAACUCCAGGCUUAGCAACUGUGAAGACUCGUGGACGAAGAAGCCCAGAAGAGGAAAGAACAGGAGUCAGGCGUGGCUCUUUCUCAGUUAUGAGGAAUCAAUGAUGGAACACAAGACGGGAAAGACCCUCAGGUACUUCUAAACCCUGACAAGAUACCUGGGAACCACAGGAAGAACACAGCAGGUGUCCGCUCGGCCCCGCCCCUCACACGCCCAGGCGCAGGCGUGUGUCCUACGCCCCGCCCCUCCCUGUUCUGGUACCAGUGGCUGAGGAGUUUCCGGUCUCCGCUUAGAUGCAAGCCAUUCUGCAGCAAAUUCCCGAAGCCGAGACUUGGUAGGUGCGGCCGACCAUUGGGAACCUGAGGUACUUGUUUCUUUUUGUUUUUGUUGUUAAGCUGCGCCUGUGGGGUCCCCUCUCCUCCCUAUCCGUGGUCUCCAGUCACUUCGCACCACUCUAUUCCCCGACCCCUUCCUCUAGCGGAAAUAAAUUCGGUUGUUGCUGUGAGAGGCCCAGGGUCUGAUUUCCUCUCGAGGUAAGAUCCUGAGGUAACACAUACAGUACAUGAAAUAUGUAGUAAUUUAUAAGGAAAAGGUCAUUUUAAUUUUGACGUGGCACUUGAUAAUUUUAUAACUAUCAAAUCACGUGUUCAGAAACUAGUUCAGAAUUUCAGCUUUGGGACUGGUGCUGGAGCUGGAGUUCGUUCUUGAGUGUUAGGGAGGCGUAUUACUGUCCUUUCUGUUUUAUAUGACCAUGGUAGUAAAUUGACUACAAAGACUCUUCAUUUCAGGAGGUUAUUUUCAGUGAUGCUGGUUAGUUGUAUGAGCAUUAGAAUCAAAAAGAAAUAUAAAAUGUUCGCAGUGCUCAGUCAGAUGUCUUUGAGCUCCCCACGGACUGUAGCCUGCCAGGCUCCUGUGUCCGUGGGAUUUCCCAGGCAAGAAUACUGGAGUGGGUCGCCGUCAGGUCGCUCAGUCCUCUCGGACUCUUGGCAACCCUAUGGACUGCAGUAGGCCGGGUUGCCUGCCCUUCACCAUCUCCAGGACUUGCUCAAACUCCUGUCCAUUGAGUCCGUGGUGACAUCCAACCAUCUCAUCCUCUUUUCCACCUGCCUUUGAUCUUUCCCAGCGUCAGGGUCUUUUCUAAUGGAAAGAAACAUUAGAGAUGUAAUGAGUGUGAUAAAUUCUUCAGUGUACUUUCAAGCCUAACUUGCCAUCAGAUGAUGUACAGAGGUGAGAGCCCUUGAAAAUACAAUUGAGGUUGCAGUGCUUUCAGCAGUGGUUCACAUCUUAUGCUUCAUGAGAAUAUUCACACUGGAUCGAGCACAGAUGAUAUUAAUGUGGUCAGGCCGUUGAAAAUCUACUCAUUCUAAAAGAGUUCAUCACCAGUGCCAGGAAUGUGAGCAACCUUUUCUCAUUGGUCCCCCUUGCACCAGUAGUCAAGUUGUUUGUACUGCACCAAACAGUACUAAUGUACUGAAGUUUGAAUAGCUUUUAGGUUGUGCCUUAGAUUUACCAAAUACUUCAUGAUUUAAAUUGCGGUGGAUAUGGCGAAGCUUCAUGUUAUUGUUCCUUUAUCACUAGAUGGCAGAAUAUUUAUCGUGAAGAGAAAGCACACAGAUGUAAAAUGUGUCGCAAGGCUUUUACCCAAAGAUCACAAGUUGGGGAACAUCCUGGAGCCACACAUCCCAAAUGCAAUAAGUGUGGGAAAACCUUUACAUUGAGUUCAGGGAUUAGGACUUGAGCAAUCUGAUCAUGAAAAUGUUCAGUUUCUGACCAUGAAGCCUAGCCAUGAUGAAAGCUCAGUUUAUGAGUCUUUGGGAUGGACUGGAUACAGAUCCCAGGUGCCAAGUCCUAGUGAUGGGAGCUUCUGAUCAUGUUGAGGAUUUUGACUCAGCUAUGAGGAAAUGAAUGCCUUCGAGAUUUCAUAUUAAACAGCCUGCUCUGAAACAAACCUAAGUGUGAGAGUUGGCUACAGAAGUGCAUCUAAGAAGAUAUUGCUAAGAUAGAUAGAUCUUGACAUGUGUUUUUGAAAAUAACGUGUAAUCUGCUGUUUUUGAAUGUUCUGAAAAUGUUGAUUAGAUCCCAUGUUUUGAUGGGGGUAUGGAGUUCAUCCACAAAUCCCAAAUCUUCGGAAGACUGUAUUUUUCAGACUUUGUUACCCACAUUUGAGAGAACGCUGUUGUCGUUCACUUGGACAGUCAUGUCCGACUCUUUGCAACCCCAUGGACGGCAGCAUGCCAGACUUCCCUGUCCUUCACCAUCUCCCAGAGCUUGCUCAACCUCAUGUUCAUUGAGUCCGCGGCUCUAAUACCAAAAGCGAUUUCACACGGGCCGGAAGUUGGAGAGCGCAGAGCCGAGGUCCCCGAGCGGCGCCUAAGGUUUCCUUCUAGGACCUCUGAAGACUUGUGUUGCCUGAGGAAGCCCUGAAGUUGAGGAAGAGGACAGAACAGGAGUCAGGCAUGGCUCUUUCUCAGGAACAACUAACCUCUGAGGAUGUGGCCAUUGAAUUCACUCAGGAGGAGUGGGAAUUCCUGGACCCUGCUCAGAGGGCCUUGUACAGGGAUGUGAUGCUGGAGACCUACAGGAACCUGCUGUCUGUGGAUAUCUCUCCCACACAUGUGAUCAAGCAUUUACAACCCAAAGUGAACAGUGAUAAACGAGAGCCACUCCAAACAUUGAUGCUGGGAAGACCUGAAAGCUAUGAAAUCAAACAUUUUCAUCUUUGGGAAACUCAGGAAAAUAUGUGUGACUUUGAGUGUCAGGGGAGAGAUGACAAAAGAAAUUACAAAGGAACACCUGUAAGCCUUGAUGGAAAUGUGCCUGAUGGAAGAGAUUCACAUGAUAGAAAGGAUGCAGGAAUCAUGCCCUUUGGAAACAGGCUUGGGUUUAACUUUCAGGAUAAACUGCAGAUACUUCAAACUAGCGGGAUAACUUCUGAAUAUAAUGAAGUUGAGAGGUCUGUCAACAACAGUUUGUCAUUUUCACCACUUCAAAGAAGUCCUCCUUGUGUCCAAACCAGUGUUUCUAAUAUAUAUGGGGAUGAUUUUAUGAAUCCUUCAGUAAUAACACAAGACCUCAAAGCACACAGGGAAAAACCUUACAAAUGUGAUGAGUGUGGGAAAGCCUGUCUUAAGGGCUCAUGCCUCAUUAAACAUCAGGCCAUCCAUAUAAGAGAGGAAUCACAUAAAUGUGAAGUAUGUGACAGAUUGUUUGAUCAAAGUUCACAGCUUGCACGUCAUUUGAAAAUUCAUUCUGAAGUGAAAUGUUACAAAUGUAAUGAGUGUGGCAAAACCUUUAAUGAUAGCUCCACCCUUGCUAGACAUCAGAUAAUCCACUCAGGAGCAAACUUACAUAAGUGUGAUGUAUGUGAUAAAAUCUUUGGUCAGAAUUCAUUCCUUGUAAGUUAUCAGACUAUCCCUGCAAGAAAGAGAAGUUGCCAAUGUAAUGAGUGCGGCAAAACCUUUGCUGACAGCUCAAAGCUCAGGAGACAUCAGAAAAUUCAUACAGGAGAGAAAUUAUUUAAAUGUGAUAUAUGUGACAAAGUCUUCAGCCAAAAUGCAUACCUUGCUGUUCAUCAGAGGGUUCAUACUGGAGAGAAACCUUACAGAUGUAAUGUGUGUGGCAAGCACUAUAGUCACUCUUCACAUUUCAGAAGGCAUAAGAGAUUUCAUACUGGAGAGAGACCUUACAAAUGUGAUGAGUGCGGAAAGACCUAUCGUGUAAAGUCAGUCCUUUUAAGUCAUCAGACCAUUCAUACUGGAGAGAAACCUUACAAUUGUGAUGAGUGUGGUAAGGCCUUUCGUGUAAAGUCAAUCCUUUUAAGUCAUCAGACAGUUCAUACUGGUGAGAAACCUUACAGAUGUGAUGAGUGUGGCAAGGCUUUUCGUGUAAAGUCAGGACUUUUAAAUCAUCAGACAGUUCAUACUGGUGAGAAACCUUACAAAUGUGAUGAGUGUGGCAAGGCUUUUCGUGUAAAGUCAGUCCUUUUAAGUCAUCAGACAGUUCAUACUGGUGAGAAACCUUACAGAUGUGAUGAGUGUGGCAAGACCUUUACUUCCAGCUCACACCUCAGGAGACAUGAGAAAAUUCAUACAGGAAAGAAAUCAUUUAAAUGUGAUAUAUGUGACAAAGUCUUCAGCCGAAAUGAAUCCCUUGCUGGUCAUCAGAGGGUUCAUACAGGAGAGAAACCUUACAAAUGUGAUGAGUGUGGCAAGCACUUUAGUCAGCCUUCACAGAUUAUCAGUCAUAAGAGAUUUCAUACUGGAGAGAAACCUUACAAAUGUGAUGAGUGUGGCAAAGCCUUUCGUGUAAAGUCAACCCUUUUAAGUCAUCAGACAGUUCAUACUGGUGAGAAACCUUACAAAUGUGAUGAGUGUGGAAAAGUCUUCGGUCAAAAACCACAUCUUCGCCUUCAUUGGAGAAUUCAUACUGGAGAGAGACCUUACAGAUGUAAUGAGUGUGGCAAGUUCUUCAGUCGAAAUUCACACCUUACAAGUCAUCGGAGAAUACAUAUAGAGAAACCUUUCAAAUGUUUCGAGUGUGGAAAAUCCUUCACUCAGGUCUCAGCACUCACUAAACAUCAGAAAAUCCAUACAUGAAAAAAACUUAGGUGAAUGUGGUAUAUGGUAGAAGUCUUCAAAAGUCAAAGUUCAAACUUCACACCCUACUUUUGGUCAGAGAAUUCAUACUACUGAAGAACCAUACAAAUAUGAUGAGUGUGGCAACCUCUUAGGCUUCAUGAGAAAAUUCAUACUGGAUAAAAGCAGAUAUAUAUGUAUUUAUUAGUCAGGUCUUUAGAAAAUGAAUUCAUUCUAGAAAGAUUCCUCACCAGUUUCACAAAUGUGAAAAAAAAAAAAACCCUAUCCUCACAGCUCACAUCUUGCCAGUAGUAUCAGAGUAUUUAUCCUGUAGAAAACACACAGCAAUGUAAUGUGUGUGGCAAGGAUCUUAUCCAAAAGUCACAAGAUAGGAACAUAAUGGAGCCAUACUUCCCAGACUCAGUGGUUGUGGCAAAUCCUUUACCUUUUUCACUUUAUCUAUUCUCUGAUGACUUUAGUUCAGGUAGUCAGCAACUGUAAUAAGUCCAUAUUUGAAGAGAAGCUAUAGAGAUCUUUUCGUGUAAAAGAAACCCCAGUUUUAACUCCACAAAGAUGAUUCUUUGGGACAGUAAUCCAGCAUCUUUUUGGUCUCCUGGCUUUCUGAAUAAAGUCAAUAUUCCCUGCCCAACAA